AGAAGUUGUUUUUUUCGCUUGGAUUUCAAGAGGGAAACUCCCGUCCAACAUACGAUGAUCUAGAGGCUGCUAACGCCAAACUGAACACCGAGUUGUAAGAUGCUAAGAAAGUAAUCAAACAACAGCAAAUGCACAUCGAGCAAUGCAAAGCUGAGGUGAGCCAGCAGGAAUCUGCUAUGGCUGCCAUGAAACAAUAUUGUCACGAUCGUCAGCAGAGGCUUGAUACAAGAGAUGGCGAAGUUAAAGUAAUGAAGACCAAGUUGGAUCAUUGUCUGAAUGAGAAGGAUGAAAAUAAGCAACAAGAAAGGAGUGAUUCAGCUCUGACCACCACUGUUGAAGAUUUGCCGGAAAUGCACGAGGACGACAUUCAAACCCUUUCUACGGUUUCUCGGAAUGUGGUGGGAAGAUUUCGUCGCCCGCUUAUGUUAGGAGAGAAGUAUGCCAAAGAAUCAAGGUGGCAAGACGUGAUCAAUUCUUUGAAAGUUGCAGAGCGCAUUUUGAAGGUGGACACAAACAACAGUAUCCCAGAAAGAAUGGUCUUUCAAAUGUUUAAUUGUCUGUGGAAAGCUUACAGGAAUCUUAAAGACUACCAAGCAUCCAUCAAUUACUGUAACGAAGCUUUAUCAUAUCAGCACAAGUUGUUUGGUCCUGGCUGUAUAAAUAAAGAUGUAGCAAGCUGCUAUCACAGUUGCGCCCUCGCACACGAACUGUGGGGAAAGCUCGAUGAUGCAGUAGAAUUGUACAGUACAUCUGUUAUAUAUCGCAGAAUUCUGUGUGCAAUAAACGACCGUGGUGGAGUAAGCAGAGAGAAAUUGGGACUUUCUUUGCGAUUUUUAGGGCGCACAUAUUCAAAGAAAGGUGACAUGGAAGCUUCCAGCAAAUAUUUAAACAUGGCAUUAGAAGAAGAGAUCAAGUUACAUGGACAGGACGAAACACACCCGAAUAUCAAGAAAAUAAGAUCUCUUUUGGACAAAACCAAACACACCUAACACUUAAGAACUAAGCAAAAUAAUAGCAACAAUUAACUAUAUGUAUGUGCUUCAGAUUUUUGUUCGAAUUGGUCUGAUGAAAAUGAUAGGUCGGGAAAAUAAUGUCUCCCCUAUGUAAACGGUGCAUGAAACCUGCAGUCAAAAAUGAUAAGUACACGCAGAUUUAUUUUUGAUUCAGAAAUGUUUACUGUAUUAAAAAAUAAUGAGUUAAACAAUGUUCAAAGUUUUCCAUAUUCUUUGUUGAGCCCAAAAUACCGUAACUUAAUUUUCAUUUGAAUUUUUAUUUUGGCGGAGUCAUUGGUGAUAUGCAAGACCAGUCAGGGACACGACUGUCAGGGCCUUGAGUUCAGGCCCCAGUUUCACAAAAAAAAUCUUGAGUCACUUUCCUGGCUCAGUUGAUUUCGGAUUUUUUUUUU